AUGGAAACGAAUAUAUACUUCACUUGUCGGCUCAAAGGGAAGGACCUCAUGGUGGACAAUGACGUAAUGAAGAAAGUCUGCGGUUUCACCUUCUCCGGUACGCGAAGUAAGGCCCUCGACUUCGACGCCAAGAAGAGUUGGGCCGAACUCUCCCCACAUACGACCUGGGAUUCUGUCGGCAUGUCCAACGGGCUUAUCGAAGACCUGCCACUGCCGUUGUGCAUCGGUUCAUCUGCUACAAUGUUACCGGCAAAAAGGAGGCGAAUAAAGUCAGAGAUUGCCCUCACUCGGCGAGGACUACCGGCACUUGGGCACUUUGUUACCGCACUCGCGAACCAUUUCGACAUCACCCCAGAAGCCUACCGAUUACAUGGUGAGAUAGCGCUUCAGGAGCGGUCUGAGAUGCGAUGUCUCAACUACAACGAGCUCAAGCAGGCCGACCUUAUUCGGAAUCAGACUACAGCUAAGGAGUACACAAAGCGCACCGCAUACGACACCUAUUUUAAAAAGCUCCAGUAG